UUUGUGAUUAUCCUCUUCCGUUUGCUCUGCAACCAUUGUGCAUAUUUAAAUUGCACUGAAAAACAUGUACUAAUCUGAAUGUAAAUAUGGAAUCAUCAACCCCUUUUACUUUCCACACUGAUCUGGCCUUUGACCCCGCACCACACUUAAGCCAAAGCCAUCGCCAAGUCAAUGACAAUCCAAAUAUUUGGCCAAGGUUCAGGGCAGGAAAGACAAAGGAUCCGGAACUGGGCUAAUGCCGGGCUGAGCGGCCUCAGGUGGCAGUGCUUCAUCCUGCUCCUGGGAAACCUUUGGCCAAAUAUUCGCUGUAAAACAAAUGCGAAAUGCGACUAAGUGCAGUGUGUAACUGCAGCACUCAACAGACAGCAGCAAACUGAUUAAAUAUCCGGGCGCAGUUGGCGUACGUUCCGCUUGCCAUUCACAAUCCCUGGCUCAAACGUACACUCAGCAUAAUGCGAAUCCAUGUAGGGAAAUGUAAUUUGAAUGCCAAAACAAACAGCGAGCUGGGGAGCCGUUUGAAUGGCGGCCAGGAAAGGCUGGCUGCCAGGAAGUUGGCCAGGUGCUUGGGCUAAAAAACAAAGGCCGCCGCUGGAUAUUUACCCACUGCCAGUGCAGCUAAAACAGCACGACCAAAAGCAGCAGCAGUACAGCCUUAGCUGUUGUAAAAGCAGCAGCAGCAGCAGCAGCUGCUGUGGGAGCACAAAACAAAGCCUUGGUAAACAGCCCAGCAAUGUGAUUAAAAAAUAAAGGAACGCAGCACAACAAUGGGAAAUGGAGCACAGACUCAGCAGUACACGGUGGGGAAAUAUCUUGAAAGGCUAAUCACAGUGAAAUGGUCGCCGCUCGGUCAAGAGUGGAGUUUACCAACAUCAAAUGCACUUCCUUGGAUCCGGAGUUUGCAUUGCUACCUAAAGUCAGUAAAUCGUACAUAUAAAUAUCUGUCCAUCAGAGUGAAGUUGUCACAAAAGCCUGUGUCGAGAAUUAAAGUCAACGGAGCCACAUUUAAGCGGUACAAUGGCUAUAUGCCGUCACUUUAUAACUUCACGGUUGAUGGCUGCAAAUUUAUUAAAAACCCUAAGUCAAAUCCAGUUGCGCAUUACAUUUACCGACUCUUUAAAGAUUUCUCCAAUGUGAAUUAUACCUGUCCCUUUAAUGACGAUCCUAUUAUAGAAAAGCUGCCAAUUAGUUACGUUAACAAGCAAGUAACUUCAGUACUCCCAGUUCCCUCUGGAGACUAUUUGUUUUCAUCGCAUUGGUAUUUCUACGAUACCAAGCGUAUCACUAUAAAUGUAUAUUUGACAAUAUUUUGAAUAUAAACGUGGUAAUGUGAAUUGAUAAA